CGGUCCGCACCGCUCAGCCGCCACAAUGUGCGACUGCUUCCACAUGGUGCUGCCCACCUGGCCUGGAGCCCCCGGCAGUGUGUCCGGCCGCCAGCUGCAGCCUGGGUUGCCAGACACGGACCCGGAGGACGACCCCUCUGUGACUGAGGGGCCCGCGGACGAGAUCAUCCGGCCACGGCCACAGGGGUCCUCGCCUGUCUAUGAAUGCGUGACGGAGGGCUUUGGACGCCCGGAAGACACACCCGGCAGGCGAGCCCCCUCGGGGAGACGCAGGUCCUGGUGGAAGUGGGAUUCUGGGGACUCCCGGACGUUUUCCAGGAUGAGUCACGCAGAGGAGGCGACAGAGGUGACGCUGAAGACCGAGGCAGAGGCCGGUGUCAGCGGCUACAGUGUCACAGGUGGCGGGGACCAGGGCAUCUUCGUGAAGCAAGUGCUGCCGGGCUCCUCGGCUGCCAGGCUCUUCAGCCUGAGAGAAGGGGACCAGCUGCUCAGUGCCACCAUUUUCUUUGACAAUAUCAGCUAUGAGGAUGCUCUCAAAAUCCUCCAGUACUCGGAGCCGUACAAGGUCCAACUCAAGGUCAAGCGGCAACUUCCUCUCGGUGGGGACGGCGAGCAGGCUCGCAGUGCCACUCGGCACGCCCCGAAGCUCACGGAGAAGCAGGACUUGGAUGUGGCCUGCGGGAGCACAGACACCCCUGUGAAGACGCUGGAGGCAGAUGGAGACCAGGAGAGACUCAUCUCCAGGCCCAGGGAGGGCCGAGGCCGGCAUUCCCGGGGGGAGAGGCUCUCCUGGCCCAAAUUCCAAGCCAUAAAGACCAAGCGAGGGCCCCGGAGGUCACGCAGCUCCUCCGAGGCCUAUGAGAAGGGCAAGACCAUGGACACAUCCCCCACGAGCUCAGACGCUGAGGCCCGGUUCCCAGCAGAGGAGCAGGAACAGGGACCAGGGCCGGGCAGCCGGCGGAGGAGAAGGCUCCUGGACCUGCAGUUCAAGAGGGACGCACAAGGCAGCUAUGGAGACGACGGCAAAGUCCGGACAAGAAUUCGAAAACAGCUCAUUGCCAAGGAACUGGAAGGAACAAGGGAGAGGGAAACAAGUGCCAAGGACACAGAGUUGGAAACCAGGGAACGGAGGUUCAAGAUGCCCAAGUUCAAGAUGCCGUCCUUCGGCGUGUCGGCCUCAGGCAAGCCCGCCGAGGCCUCGCUGGACGUGUCCCUGCCCUCCGUGCAGGCCGAGGUCAAGACCAGUGACAUCAGCGUCGAGCUGCCCUCUGCCGAAGUGGACGUGAAGACAGGCGAGCUGGGUGUGAAGCUGCCAGAGGGCCACCUGCCCAAGGUGCAGAUGCCCAGCAUCAAGAUGCCCAAGGUGGACCUGAAGGGCCCGAAACUGGACGUGAAGGGCGCCAAAGGCCAGGUGACCGUCCCCGAGGUGGAGGUGCCGCUGCCCGGCGUGGAGGUGGACCUGCAGGCGCCUGGCGCCAAGCUGGAGGCCGACCUGGGCGCCGCCGACAAGGAGGGGGCCAGCAAGUUCAAGAUGCCCAAGUUCAAGAUGCCGUCCUUCGGCGUGUCGGCCUCAGGCAAGCCCGCCGAGGCCUCGCUGGACGUGUCCCUGCCCUCCGUGCAGGCCGAGGUCAAAGAGCCCAGUGACAUCAGCGUCGAGCUGCCCUCUGCCGAAGUGGACGUGAAGACAGGCGAGCUGGGUGUGACGAGGGUGCCAGAGGGCCACCUGCCCAAGGUGCAGAUGCCCAGCAUCAAGAUGCCCAAGGUGGACUUCAGAGGCCCGCAGGUGGACAACAAGGGCCCCCAGGUGGACCUGAAGGGCCCGAAACUGGACGUGAAGGGCGCCAAAGGCCAGGUGACCGUCCCCGAGGUGGAGGUGCCGCUGCCCGGCGUGGAGGUGGACCUGCAGGCGCCUGGCGCCAAGCUGGAGGCAGACCUGGGCGCCGCAGACAAGGAGGGGGCCAGCAAGUUCAAGAUGCCCAAGUUCAAGAUGCCGUCCUUCGGCGUGUCGGCCUCAGGCAAGCCCGCCGAGGCCUCGCUGGACGUGUCCCUGCCCUCCGUGCAGGCCGAGGUCAAAGAGCCCCAGGGUGACAUCAGCGUCGAGCUGCCCUCUGCCGAAGUGGACGUGAAGACAGGCGAGCUGGGUGUGAACAUGCCAGAGGGCCACCUGCCCAAGGUGCAGAUGCCCAGCAUCAAGAUGCCCAAGGUGGACUUCAGAGGCCCGCAGGUGGACAUCAAGGGCCCCCAGGUGGACCUGAAGGGCCCGAAACUGGACGUGAAGGGCGCCAAAGGCCAGGUGACCGUCCCCGAGGUGGAGGUGCCGCUGCCCGGCGUGGAGGUGGACCUGCAGGCGCCUGGCGCCAAGCUGGAGGCCGACCUGGGCGCCGCCGACAAGGAGGGGGCCAGCAAGUUCAAGAUGCCCAAGUUCAAGAUGCCGUCCUUCGGCGUGUCGGCCUCAGGCAAGCCCGCCGAGGCCUCGCUGGACGUGUCCCUGCCCUCCGUGCAGGCCGAGGUCAAGACCAGUGACAUCAGCGUCGAGCUGCCCUCUGCCGAAGUGGACGUGAAGACAGGUGAGCUGGGUGUGAAGCUGCCAGAGGGCCACCUGCCCAAGGUGCAGAUGCCCAGCAUCAAGAUGCCCAAGGUGGACUUCAGAGGCCCGCAGGUGGACAUCAAGGGCCCCCAGGUGGACCUGAAGGGCCCGAAACUGGACGUGAAGGGCGCCAAAGGCCAGGUGACCGUCCCCGAGGUGGAGGUGCCGCUGCCCGGCGUGGAGGUGGACCUGCAGGCGCCUGGCGCCAAGCUGGAGGCCGACCUGGGCGCCGCCGACAAGGAGGGGGCCAGCAAGUUCAAGAUGCCCAAGUUCAAGAUGCCGUCCUUCGGCGUGUCGGCCUCAGGCAAGCCCGCCGAGGCCUCGCUGGACGUGUCCCUGCCCUCCGUGCAGGCCGAGGUCAAGACCAGUGACAUCAGCGUCGAGCUGCCCUCUGCCGAAGUGGACGUGAAGACAGGCGAGCUGGGUGUGAAGCUGCCAGAGGGCCACCUGCCCAAGGUGCAGAUGCCCAGCAUCAAGAUGCCCAAGGUGGACUUCAGAGGCCCGCAGGUGGACAUCAAGGGCCCCCAGGUGGACCUGAAGGGCCCGAAACUGGACGUGAAGGGCGCCAAAGGCCAGGUGGCCGUCCCCGAGGUGGAGGUGCCGCUGCCCGGCGUGGAGGUGGACCUGCAGGCGCCUGGCGCCAAGCUGGAGGCCGACCUGGGCGCCGCCGACAAGGAGGGGGCCAGCAAGUUCAAGAUGCCCAAGUUCAAGAUGCCGUCCUUCGGCGUGUCGGCCUCAGGCAAGGAUCUGGGGACGUCCGUGGACGUGACUGUGCCCAAGGCCACAGGGGAGGUGAGCCUGCCCUCGGUGGGGGUCGAGAUGGGAGCCCCAGAGGCUGGCAUCCAUCCGCCCUCUGCUGAGGUGCAGCUGCCCGGGGCAGACCUGGAGGUGUCCCUCCCUGAGGGAGAGGUGAGCCUGGGCGAGCUGAAGGGCAAAGCAGAGGGGGCCAAGUUCAAGGGCCACCUGCCCAAGGUGCAGAUGCCCAGCAUCAAGAUGCCCAAGGUGGACAUCAAGGGCCCCCAUGUUGACAUCAAGGGCCCCCAGGUGGACCUGAAGGGCCCGAAACUGGACGUGAAGGGCGCCAAAGGCCAGGUGACCGUCCCCGAGGUGGAGGUGCCGCUGCCCGGCGUGGAGGUGGACCUGCAGGCGCCUGGCGCCAAGCUGGAGGCCGACCUGGGCGCCGCCGACAAGGAGGGGGCCAGCAAGUUCAAGAUGCCCAAGUUCAAGAUGCCGUCCUUCGGCGUGUCGGCCUCAGGCAAGCCCGCCGAGGCCUCGCUGGACGUGUCCCUGCCCUCCGUGCAGGCCGAGGUCAAGACCAGUGACAUCAGCGUCGAGCUGCCCUCUGCCGAAGUGGACGUGAAGACAGGCGAGCUGGGUGUGAAGCUGCCAGAGGGCCACCUGCCCAAGGUGCAGAUGCCCAGCAUCAAGAUGCCCAAGGUGGACUUCAGAGGCCCGCAGGUGGACAUCAAGGGCCCCCAGGUGGACCUGAAGGGCCCGAAACUGGACGUGAAGGGCGCCAAAGGCCAGGUGGCCGUCCCCGAGGUGGAGGUGCCGCUGCCCGGCGUGGAGGUGGACCUGCAGGCGCCUGGCGCCAAGCUGGAGGCCGACCUGGGCGCCGCCGACAAGGAGGGGGCCAGCAAGUUCAAGAUGCCCAAGUUCAAGAUGCCGUCCUUCGGCGUGUCGGCCUCAGGCAAGGAUCUGGGGACGUCCGUGGACGUGACUGUGCCCAAGGCCACAGGGGAGGUGAGCCUGCCCUCGGUGGGGGUCGAGAUGGGAGCCCCAGAGGCUGGCAUCCAUCCGCCCUCUGCUGAGGUGCAGCUGCCCGGGGCAGACCUGGAGGUGUCCCUCCCUGAGGGAGAGGUGAGCCUGGGCGAGCUGAAGGGCAAAGCAGAGGGGGCCAAGUUCAAGGGCCACCUGCCCAAGGUGCAGAUGCCCAGCAUCAAGAUGCCCAAGGUGGACAUCAAGGGCCCCCAUGUUGACAUCAAGGGCCCCCAGGUGGACCUGAAGGGCCCGAAACUGGACGUGAAGGGCGCCAAAGGCCAGGUGACCGUCCCCGAGGUGGAGGUGCCGCUGCCCGGCGUGGAGGUGGACCUGCAGGCGCCUGGCGCCAAGCUGGAGGCCGACCUGGGCGCCGCCGACAAGGAGGGGGCCAGCAAGUUCAAGAUGCCCAAGUUCAAGAUGCCGUCCUUCGGCGUGUCGGCCUCAGGCAAGCCCGCCGAGGCCUCGCUGGACGUGUCCCUGCCCUCCGUGCAGGCCGAGGUCAAGACCAGUGACAUCAGCGUCGAGCUGCCCUCUGCCGAAGUGGACGUGAAGACAGGCGAGCUGGGUGUGAAGCUGCCAGAGGGCCACCUGCCCAAGGUGCAGAUGCCCAGCAUCAAGAUGCCCAAGGUGGACUUCAGAGGCCCGCAGGUGGACAUCAAGGGCCCCCAGGUGGACCUGAAGGGCCCGAAACUGGACGUGAAGGGCGCCAAAGGCCAGGUGGCCGUCCCCGAGGUGGAGGUGCCGCUGCCCGGCGUGGAGGUGGACCUGCAGGCGCCUGGCGCCAAGCUGGAGGCCGACCUGGGCGCCGCCGACAAGGAGGGGGCCAGCAAGUUCAAGAUGCCCAAGUUCAAGAUGCCGUCCUUCGGCGUGUCGGCCUCAGGCAAGGAUCUGGGGACGUCCGUGGACGUGACUGUGCCCAAGGCCACAGGGGAGGUGAGCCUGCCCUCGGUGGGGGUCGAGAUGGGAGCCCCAGAGGCUGGCAUCCAUCCGCCCUCUGCUGAGGUGCAGCUGCCCGGGGCAGACCUGGAGGUGUCCCUCCCUGAGGGAGAGGUGAGCCUGGGCGAGCUGAAGGGCAAAGCAGAGGGGGCCAAGUUCAAGGGCCACCUGCCCAAGGUGCAGAUGCCCAGCAUCAAGAUGCCCAAGGUGGACAUCAAGGGCCCCCAUGUUGACAUCAAGGGCCCCCAGGUGGACCUGAAGGGCCCCAAACUGGACGUGAAGGGCGCCAAAGGCCAGGUGACCGUCCCCGAGGUGGAGGUGCCGCUGCCCGGCGUGGAGGUGGACCUGCAGGCGCCUGGCGCCAAGCUGGAGGCCGACCUGGGCGCCGCCGACAAGGAGGGGGCCAGCAAGUUCAAGAUGCCCAAGUUCAAGAUGCCGUCCUUCGGCGUGUCGGCCUCAGGCAAGCCCGCCGAGGCCUCGCUGGACGUGUCCCUGCCCUCCGUGCAGGCCGAGGUCAAGACCAGUGACAUCAGCGUCGAGCUGCCCUCUGCCGAAGUGGACGUGAAGACAGGCGAGCUGGGUGUGAAGCUGCCAGAGGGCCACCUGCCCAAGGUGCAGAUGCCCAGCAUCAAGAUGCCCAAGGUGGACUUCAGAGGGCCGCAGGUGGACAUCAAGGGCCCCCAGGUGGACCUGAAGGGCCCGAAACUGGACGUGAAGGGCGCCAAAGGCCAGGUGGCCGUCCCCGAGGUGGAGGUGCCGCUGCCCGGCGUGGAGGUGGACCUGCAGGCGCCUGGCGCCAAGCUGGAGGCCGACCUGGGCGCCGCCGACAAGGAGGGGGCCAGCAAGUUCAAGAUGCCCAAGUUCAAGAUGCCGUCCUUCGGCGUGUCGGCCUCAGGCAAGGAUCUGGGGACGUCCGUGGACGUGACUGUGCCCAAGGCCACAGGGGAGGUGAGCCUGCCCUCGGUGGGGGUCGAGAUGGGAGCCCCAGAGGCUGGCAUCCAUCCGCCCUCUGCUGAGGUGCAGCUGCCCGGGGCAGACCUGGAGGUGUCCCUCCCUGAGGGAGAGGUGAGCCUGGGCGAGCUGAAGGGCAAAGCAGAGGGGGCCAAGUUCAAGGGCCACCUGCCCAAGGUGCAGAUGCCCAGCAUCAAGAUGCCCAAGGUGGACAUCAAGGGCCCCCAUGUUGACAUCAAGGGCCCCCAGGUGGACCUGAAGGGCCCGAAACUGGACGUGAAGGGCGCCAAAGGCCAGGUGACCGUCCCCGAGGUGGAGGUGCCGCUGCCCGGCGUGGAGGUGGACCUGCAGGCGCCUGGCGCCAAGCUGGAGGCCGACCUGGGCGCCGCCGACAAGGAGGGGGCCAGCAAGUUCAAGAUGCCCAAGUUCAAGAUGCCGUCCUUCGGCGUGUCGGCCUCAGGCAAGCCCGCCGAGGCCUCGCUGGACGUGUCCCUGCCCUCCGUGCAGGCCGAGGUCAAGACCAGUGACAUCAGCGUCGAGCUGCCCUCUGCCGAAGUGGACGUGAAGACAGGCGAGCUGGGUGUGAAGCUGCCAGAGGGCCACCUGCCCAAGGUGCAGAUGCCCAGCAUCAAGAUGCCCAAGGUGGACUUCAGAGGCCCGCAGGUGGACAUCAAGGGCCCCCAGGUGGACCUGAAGGGCCCGAAACUGGACGUGAAGGGCGCCAAAGGCCAGGUGGCCGUCCCCGAGGUGGAGGUGCCGCUGCCCGGCGUGGAGGUGGACCUGCAGGCGCCUGGCGCCAAGCUGGAGGCCGACCUGGGCGCCGCCGACAAGGAGGGGGCCAGCAAGUUCAAGAUGCCCAAGUUCAAGAUGCCGUCCUUCGGCGUGUCGGCCUCAGGCAAGGAUCUGGGGACGUCCGUGGACGUGACUGUGCCCAAGGCCACAGGGGAGGUGAGCCUGCCCUCGGUGGGGGUCGAGAUGGGAGCCCCAGAGGCUGGCAUCCAUCCGCCCUCUGCUGAGGUGCAGCUGCCCGGGGCAGACCUGGAGGUGUCCCUCCCUGAGGGAGAGGUGAGCCUGGGCGAGCUGAAGGGCAAAGCAGAGGGGGCCAAGUUCAAGGGCCACCUGCCCAAGGUGCAGAUGCCCAGCAUCAAGAUGCCCAAGGUGGACAUCAAGGGCCCCCAUGUUGACAUCAAGGGCCCCCAGGUGGACCUGAAGGGCCCGAAACUGGACGUGAAGGGCGCCAAAGGCCAGGUGACCGUCCCCGAGGUGGAGGUGCCGCUGCCCGGCGUGGAGGUGGACCUGCAGGCGCCUGGCGCCAAGCUGGAGGCCGACCUGGGCGCCGCCGACAAGGAGGGGGCCAGCAAGUUCAAGAUGCCCAAGUUCAAGAUGCCGUCCUUCGGCGUGUCGGCCUCAGGCAAGCCCGCCGAGGCCUCGCUGGACGUGUCCGUGCCCUCCGUGCAGGCCGAGGUCAAGACCAGUGACAUCAGCGUCGAGCUGCCCUCUGCCGAAGUGGACGUGAAGACAGGCGAGCUGGGUGUGAAGCUGCCAGAGGGCCACCUGCCCAAGGUGCAGAUGCCCAGCAUCAAGAUGCCCAAGGUGGACUUCAGAGGCCCGCAGGUGGACAUCAAGGGUCCCCAGGUGGACCUGAAGGGCCCGAAACUGGACGUGAAGGGCGCCAAAGGCCAGGUGGCCGUCCCCGAGGUGGAGGUGCCGCUGCCCGGCGUGGAGGUGGACCUGCAGGCGCCUGGCGCCAAGCUGGAGGCCGACCUGGGCGCCGCCGACAAGGAGGGGGCCAGCAAGUUCAAGAUGCCCAAGUUCAAGAUGCCGUCCUUCGGCGUGUCGGCCUCAGGCAAGGAUCUGGGGACGUCCGUGGACGUGACUGUGCCCAAGGCCACAGGGGAGGUGAGCCUGCCCUCGGUGGGGGUCGAGAUGGGAGCCCCAGAGGCUGGCAUCCAUCCGCCCUCUGCUGAGGUGCAGCUGCCCGGGGCAGACCUGGAGGUGUCCCUCCCUGAGGGAGAGAGGGGGGCCAAGUUCAAGGGCCACCUGCCCAAGGUGCAGAUGCCCAGCAUCAAGAUGCCCAAGGUGGACAUCAAGGGCCCCCAUGUUGACAUCAAGGGCCCCCAGGUGGACCUGAAGGGCCCGAAACUGGACGUGAAGGGCGCCAAAGGCCAGGUGACCGUCCCCGAGGUGGAGGUGCCGCUGCCCGGCGUGGAGGUGGACCUGCAGGCGCCUGGCGCCAAGCUGGAGGCCGACCUGGGCGCCGCCGACAAGGAGGGGGCCAGCAAGUUCAAGAUGCCCAAGUUCAAGAUGCCGUCCUUCGGCGUGUCGGCCUCAGGCAAGCCCGCCGAGGCCUCGCUGGACGUGUCCCUGCCCUCCGUGCAGGCCGAGGUCAAGACCAGUGACAUCAGCGUCGAGCUGCCCUCUGCCGAAGUGGACGUGAAGACAGGCGAGCUGGGUGUGAAGCUGCCAGAGGGCCACCUGCCCAAGGUGCAGAUGCCCAGCAUCAAGAUGCCCAAGGUGGACUUCAGAGGCCCGCAGGUGGACAUCAAGGGCCCCCAGGUGGACCUGAAGGGCCCGAAACUGGACGUGAAGGGCGCCAAAGGCCAGGUGGCCGUCCCCGAGGUGGAGGUGCCGCUGCCCGGCGUGGAGGUGGACCUGCAGGCGCCUGGCGCCAAGCUGGAGGCCGACCUGGGCGCCGCCGACAAGGAGGGGGCCAGCAAGUUCAAGAUGCCCAAGUUCAAGAUGCCGUCCUUCGGCGUGUCGGCCUCAGGCAAGGAUCUGGGGACGUCCGUGGACGUGACUGUGCCCAAGGCCACAGGGGAGGUGAGCCUGCCCUCGGUGGGGGUCGAGAUGGGAGCCCCAGAGGCUGGCAUCCAUCCGCCCUCUGCUGAGGUGCAGCUGCCCGGGGCAGACCUGGAGGUGUCCCUCCCUGAGGGAGAGAGGGGGGCCAAGUUCAAGGGCCACCUGCCCAAGGUGCAGAUGCCCAGCAUCAAGAUGCCCAAGGUGGACAUCAAGGGCCCCCAUGUUGACAUCAAGGGCCCCCAGGUGGACCUGAAGGGCCCGAAACUGGACGUGAAGGGCGCCAAAGGCCAGGUGACCGUCCCCGAGGUGGAGGUGCCGCUGCCCGGCGUGGAGGUGGACCUGCAGGCGCCUGGCGCCAAGCUGGAGGCCGACCUGGGCGCCGCCGACAAGGAGGGGGCCAGCAAGUUCAAGAUGCCCAAGUUCAAGAUGCCGUCCUUCGGCGUGUCGGCCUCAGGCAAGCCCGCCGAGGCCUCGCUGGACGUGUCCCUGCCCUCCGUGCAGGCCGAGGUCAAGACCAGUGACAUCAGCGUCGAGCUGCCCUCUGCCGAAGUGGACGUGAAGACAGGCGAGCUGGGUGUGAAGCUGCCAGAGGGCCACCUGCCCAAGGUGCAGAUGCCCAGCAUCAAGAUGCCCAAGGUGGACUUCAGAGGCCCGCAGGUGGACAUCAAGGGCCCCCAGGUGGACCUGAAGGGCCCGAAACUGGACGUGAAGGGCGCCAAAGGCCAGGUGGCCGUCCCCGAGGUGGAGGUGCCGCUGCCCGGCGUGGAGGUGGACCUGCAGGCGCCUGGCGCCAAGCUGGAGGCCGACCUGGGCGCCGCCGACAAGGAGGGGGCCAGCAAGUUCAAGAUGCCCAAGUUCAAGAUGCCGUCCUUCGGCGUGUCGGCCUCAGGCAAGGAUCUGGGGACGUCCGUGGACGUGACUGUGCCCAAGGCCACAGGGGAGGUGAGCCUGCCCUCGGUGGGGGUCGAGAUGGGAGCCCCAGAGGCUGGCAUCCAUCCGCCCUCUGCUGAGGUGCAGCUGCCCGGGGCAGACCUGGAGGUGUCCCUCCCUGAGGGAGAGGUGAGCCUGGGCGAGCUGAAGGGCAAAGCAGAGGGGGCCAAGUUCAAGGGCCACCUGCCCAAGGUGCAGAUGCCCAGCAUCAAGAUGCCCAAGGUGGACAUCAAGGGCCCCCAUGUUGACAUCAAGGGCCCCCAGGUGGACCUGAAGGGCCCGAAACUGGACGUGAAGGGCGCCAAAGGCCAGGUGACCGUCCCCGAGGUGGAGGUGCCGCUGCCCGGCGUGGAGGUGGACCUGCAGGCGCCUGGCGCCAAGCUGGAGGCCGACCUGGGCGCCGCCGACAAGGAGGGGGCCAGCAAGUUCAAGAUGCCCAAGUUCAAGAUGCCGUCCUUCGGCGUGUCGGCCUCAGGCAAGCCCGCCGAGGCCUCGCUGGACGUGUCCCUGCCCUCCGUGCAGGCCGAGGUCAAGACCAGUGACAUCAGCGUCGAGCUGCCCUCUGCCGAAGUGGACGUGAAGACAGGCGAGCUGGGUGUGAAGCUGCCAGAGGGCCACCUGCCCAAGGUGCAGAUGCCCAGCAUCAAGAUGCCCAAGGUGGACUUCAGAGGCCCGCAGGUGGACAUCAAGGGCCCCCAGGUGGACCUGAAGGGCCCGAAACUGGACGUGAAGGGCGCCAAAGGCCAGGUGGCCGUCCCCGAGGUGGAGGUGCCGCUGCCCGGCGUGGAGGUGGACCUGCAGGCGCCUGGCGCCAAGCUGGAGGCCGACCUGGGCGCCGCCGACAAGGAGGGGGCCAGCAAGUUCAAGAUGCCCAAGUUCAAGAUGCCGUCCUUCGGCGUGUCGGCCUCAGGCAAGGAUCUGGGGACGUCCGUGGACGUGACUGUGCCCAAGGCCACAGGGGAGGUGAGCCUGCCCUCGGUGGGGGUCGAGAUGGGAGCCCCAGAGGCUGGCAUCCAUCCGCCCUCUGCUGAGGUGCAGCUGCCCGGGGCAGACCUGGAGGUGUCCCUCCCUGAGGGAGAGAGGGGGGCCAAGUUCAAGGGCCACCUGCCCAAGGUGCAGAUGCCCAGCAUCAAGAUGCCCAAGGUGGACAUCAAGGGCCCCCAUGUUGACAUCAAGGGCCCCCAGGUGGACCUGAAGGGCCCGAAACUGGACGUGAAGGGCGCCAAAGGCCAGGUGACCGUCCCCGAGGUGGAGGUGCCGCUGCCCGGCGUGGAGGUGGACCUGCAGGCGCCUGGCGCCAAGCUGGAGGCCGACCUGGGCGCCGCCGACAAGGAGGGGGCCAGCAAGUUCAAGAUGCCCAAGUUCAAGAUGCCGUCCUUCGGCGUGUCGGCCUCAGGCAAGCCCGCCGAGGCCUCGCUGGACGUGUCCCUGCCCUCCGUGCAGGCCGAGGUCAAGACCAGUGACAUCAGCGUCGAGCUGCCCUCUGCCGAAGUGGACGUGAAGACAGGCGAGCUGGGUGUGAAGCUGCCAGAGGGCCACCUGCCCAAGGUGCAGAUGCCCAGCAUCAAGAUGCCCAAGGUGGACUUCAGAGGCCCGCAGGUGGACAUCAAGGGCCCCCAGGUGGACCUGAAGGGCCCGAAACUGGACGUGAAGGGCGCCAAAGGCCAGGUGGCCGUCCCCGAGGUGGAGGUGCCGCUGCCCGGCGUGGAGGUGGACCUGCAGGCGCCUGGCGCCAAGCUGGAGGCAGACCUGGGCGCCGCCGACAAGGAGGGGGCCAGCAAGUUCAAGAUGCCCAAGUUCAAGAUGCCGUCCUUCGGCGUGUCGGCCUCAGGCAAGGAUCUGGGGACGUCCGUGGACGUGACUGUGCCCAAGGCCCAGGGGGAGGUGAGCCUGCCCUCGGUGGGGGUCGAGAUGGGAGCCCCAGAGGCUGGCAUCCAUCCGCCCUCUGCUGAGGUGCAGCUGCCCGGGGCAGACCUGGAGGUGUCCCUCCCUGAGGGAGAGGUGAGCCUGGGCGAGCUGAAGGGCAAAGCAGAGGGGGCCAGGGUCAAAGGCCAUCUGUCAAAAGUUCGGGUGCCCAGCAUCAAGAUUCCCAAGGUGGAUUUUAAGGGGUCCAAAAUGGACAUUAAGGGUUCUAAGAGCAAGGUGGUUGUCCCAGUUGUGGAUGAGGUUAUGCCAAGUGUGGAGGUCGUUAUCCGUUCACCAGGUGCCGAAGUGGACAGCGACUGCAACCUGGGUGACCAGGAUGUGAGCAGGAGGUUCAAGAUGCCCGACGUCAGGGUGCCAUGUUUUCGGCCGUCAUCCAGUAAGACUCCAGUUUCAUCUGACCUGCGUUCCAGUGACUUUUUGUCCGAUGAGAUCUCUCCUGACCAUGGUUCGCAUUUAGUUGAUUCAACUCGUCGUUCUGUUGUCUGCGGUCACCUGGGUAGGCUCCCCUCUGGCCUCAAAUCUGAAGAAAAAAGCAAAAUUAAGAAACAACCAUUCAAAAUCUCCAAGGUGUUCUCUCCCCCUGAAAAGUCUCCUCCACAUCUGGUCACUCUGGUGGAAGGUCCAGGGGCCGCCACAGCUGACCCUGCAGCUACUGCCCCCAAAGUGCCAGCCGAGGACUGGUCUGUCGGGGAAUCUGCGGUGCCACCAGCGCCCGGGCGCCACCUAGGCUGGCCUGGUGUGUCCUCAGCCGUCCUCGAUAUGGGCAGUCCCCUCACUGAGUCCUCUGUUGUCAGAUCUUGUGAGCGUGUGACUCUUACAAAAUACCAGGUGACCGUCCCCAGAACCUCCAUUUUUGUGGAGGUGCCGGAGGACACCAGCUCCGAGCCCCAGGGGGAAGCUCGCUGUCUCAGCUCCGCACCCUCUGUAGACCUCCCGUCCUGGGAGCAUGUCCCUUUGUUCUCAGCGGGCAGCCCCCCAGGUCCUGGCCACGCCCUGACUGUCACAUCUGAUGGCCGGGUGACUUUCCCUAAAUUUCACAGACCCAAGUUCGGGUUUCCUGUGUCUGGUGCCAUAGUGGCGGAUGCAGAGCCGCAACCCAGGGGAUGUGCCGUGUCUCUCCCCAGCCCUGCACCAGUACCAGAUGCUGAGGAAGCCGAGGUGGGCCUGUGGCCAGGCACCCAGCCGCUGAGCACAAGUGUCUCUAUGUCCCAGGGGAUGCAAGGCAGCCUGGGGACAUCGGCAAUGGCCUCUGGGGCCGGACCAGCUGAAGACACUGAUGGUGAGGGGAAAAGCAGCCCCCUAAAAAUGCCGCGUCUCCGCCUCCCGUCCUUCAGACGGUCCCUGAAGAAGGAGGUGGCGCCCAAAGAGGACCCUGGACAGAGCGUGGCUGUGGAGACAGGUGUGCCCAGCGCCCCCGGGAAGGGAACCCCUGAGAACGAUGCGGAGAAGGGGAAGGGGACCAUGCCUGGCUUUGCUGUGCCAGAACCGGCCCUUCCCAAAACGAAGCCUUCCAAGGGAGGGGACCCUGAGCCUGCCCUUGUUGGUGCUGCCAUUUCCACAGCAGGGGUGGCCCCCCAUGCCACCCCAGCGGCCAGCAGUGAGGGCCCCCUGGAAAGCGUGGGCACGGAGGUCCCCCUGCCACAGGUUCUUCUUCCCGGUGGCAGCUUCGCCGGGCCUGACCUCAGACCCAGCCCUGCUGCAGGUGGCCAUCCUCCACCUGCACGGGACCCGUCGCUCCGAGAGGGCAGCCCAGGCCACAGGCUGGGGGCUGACGUAGGGGAGGCGGCAGCGCCUGCGGCUGGAAGCCAGGAGGGCGACUCAGCAGUGGGCACCAUGCCAGCCAGCCCGCACGACAGCUGGUUCAGGAUGCCCUCGCUCCGCCUGCCCAGCUUCUGGCGCUCCUCCAAAGAGCGGGGUGCGGCUGGCGGGCCGGGGGCGGCAGCCCCUGUGUCCCCACCACCCCCAGAGGCAGAGGGAGAGGCUCUGAGGCGAAGUCUCGACGGCGGAGGCUUACAGGCCCACCCGCCUCCCACAGGGACCUCCUCGGGUGAGCUUCCCACUGCCGAGAGCACCCAGCUGGGCCCAGGCGCAGGCUGCCACCCCCUGCAGGCUCCCAGAGGGAGACUUUCCGAAACACAACCUCCUCCCGGGAAAACGGGCGAGACUCCAGCAGGGGAUGCGGGAGGCACAGAGCACCCGCCUUCCCCGCCCGAGGGCCCCCUCACGCUGAAGGCUUCGAGGACCGACAUGCCAGCCCAGAUCUCUGUCGUCCACAUGCGGCAGGUCUGGGCGGAUUCUGUGCUCACUGUCAAGUUCCCCGAGUUGAAGGUGCCCAGGUUCACCUUCCCGGCCCCCGGCUCCGAGGUGGACAUCUUUGUCCCUCCCCUGAGCGAGGCGAGGCAUGAGGACAGCAGCCGUGUCCUGGCCCAGCACAAGGACGGCCCUGGUGCCUGUGGCACCAGCUUCCUGAAGGCAGGCGCUGAGGUCCCCGGGCAGCAACCUGCGGCCCUUGACCUCCCCUCGGACGCUUCUCCCAUUUCUAAGGUCAGGGUGCACAUUCAAGGCACUCGGGCUGAGAGCCACGAAGUCACCAUACACAGCAGGGUCACGGCAGAGUUCACCGACCUGCCGGGCCACGAGGCUUUUUCCACUCAGAUCGUGCGGGAAGCGGAGGUCCCGGCCUCCCAGAUCCAGACGCCGUCCUAUGGAUUCUCCCUGCUGACCGGGAAGGUCCUGGAGACGCCCCUGCGGGCACAGGUGCACCUGGUCUCCUCAGACCCCUCGACGCCCGAGGGCUUCCCGGCAACUGCCGAACGGGCGGCCCCGGGAGCCGACCCUGUUUCUGGAGCUCUGCACCCGGACACCGGGGAGCCGUUUGAAAUCAUCCCUUCGAGUGCCGUCCUCGUGCCGGGACCACCUGCGUCGGCCUGGGAAGCACUCCCUGGCCCCCCGCGUGCCGCCGACAGCUGUUCAGACGAGGAGCCCGCGGAGGUCCUCGAGUUCACCCCUGAUGUCAGCCGGGGCGAGGGCGGCGCCGCUGCCGAGAAGCCUGGGAGCCAGCGGCCCUCCAGCCGGUUCAGGUUCUGGCUUCCGAGCAUCGGGUUCUCUUCCUCCACCAGCGAGGCGCCAGGUGGUCCCACGGAGGACGCACCCAGCCCUGCUCCACCUGCUCCAGUCCAAACACAGCCCGAGGCCCGCCCCGGGGCGGAGCCACCGAGGAAAGCAGAGAAGGCCGGCUGGUUCCGAUUUCCCAGGUUAGGAUUCUCCUCCUCGCCCAGCGGGAAGAGAGAGAGCUCUGGGGAGGACGAGGCGGGCCUGGCCGGGCCGAAGCUCCAGGAAGAAGUGGUCACCUUUUUCGAUGCCCGAGAAAGCUUCUCUGUGGAGGAGCCCGACGGCCGGGAGCCCACCGAGGCCGCCAGCACCGAGUCCACAGCCCAGUGAGGCUGCGAGUGGUGCUCUCUGGGGCACCAAUUCGGAGAGCAAGGGCGUGGCCAUUGUGGAGCCUCCGGCCGCCGGGGACGCGGGGACCGGGCGGGCAGCGGUGCUCCUGGAGGUGCUGCUGCAGAAGUCUUAGCUCAUACGCUUCGGGGAACCUGCCCUCGCACCCCCGAAUAGACGGCUGCUUGCUCACAGGGCUGCCCUGGCCCCUGCCCAGCGCUGCUUCCCAGCUGAGGGAGCUUCCCUGGCCGGCACGUUCCUGGGAACCCAGGUCCUGCACACUGAUAACCAGUUAGCCCUUUUGUUGGCCUUCCUGCCAGGCCAAGCUGGGGGGGUGGGGCUUCCUGUGACAGGCAGGGCUGCUGGGCCGGAGGGUGUGGCUGGUGCUGGCUGGCCCUGGGCCUCGAGCCAGAGGAGCUGGAGGAAAUUCUGUCGGGGUCGCCACCCCUGCACCCCCACCCCUGGUGCACACACAGCCCCAAAUGCUGCCCUCACUGUCCCUGCCAGGCAAUAAAGGA